AUGGCUGACCAUCUUCUACAUUAUAGUGACUCAGCUGGGGUCGGGAAUCGAUUCGCCCGCAAAGGUGCUUUGCGGCAGAAAAAUGUGCAUGAAGUGAAGAACCACAAAUUUACUGCGAGAUUUUUCAAGCAGCCGACGUUUUGCAGCCAUUGUACAGACUUCAUAUGGGGAUUUGGGAAACAAGGAUUUCAAUGCCAAGUGUGCUGUUUUGUGGUUCACAAACGGUGCCAUGAGUUCGUCACCUUCUCCUGUCCUGGAGCCGACAAGGGUCCUGACACAGACGACCCCAGAAGCAAACACAAGUUCAAGAUCCACUCGUACGGCAGUCCCACCUUCUGUGACCACUGUGGUUCGCUGCUGUACGGGCUCAUCCACCAAGGGAUGAAAUGUGACACCUGCGACAUGAACGUGCACAAGCAGUGUGUGGUCAACGUGCCAAGCCUGUGUGGGAUGGACCACACGGAGCGCCGGGGUCGCCUCUUCCUCAAGAUCGAAGUCAGCUUGGACAGGCUACAUGUCACAGUGGGUGAAGCCAGGAACCUUAUUCCUAUGGAUCCAAAUGGUUUAUCAGACCCCUAUGUUAAACUCAAGCUCACCCCCGACCCAAAGAAUGAGACCAAACAGAAGACCAGGACCAUCCGUUCCUCUCUCAACCCCUGCUGGAAUGAGUCCUUCACCUUUAAGCUGAAAGCAUCAGAUAAGGACCGGCGUCUGUCCAUUGAGGUGUGGGAUUGGGACCGAACCACCCGUAACGACUUCAUGGGCGCCAUGUCGUUUGGAGUGUCCGAGCUGAUAAAAGCUCCCGUCUGUGGAUGGUACAAGUUGCUGAACCAGGAGGAGGGAGAGUAUUAUAACGUCCCCAUCCCCGAGGUGGACGACGUCAACCUGGAGCUCCGACAGAAGUUUGAGGCCUGCCAGUUAAAAAUCCACUAUCUCAAGAAAGCCAAGCUGGGCCAUGGUAAGAAAAUGAUUACACCAUCAGACCACCGACGGUUCAGCUUGCCUUCAGGUAACAUGGACCGGGUCCGACUGAGCGACUUCCACUUCCUGGCCCUGCUGGGGAAAGGCAGCUUUGGCAAGGUAAUGCUGGCAGAGAUGAAGUCAACAGAGGAGCUGUACGCCGUCAAGAUCCUUAAGAAAGACGUCGUGAUCCAGGACGACGACGUUGAAUGUACCAUGGUGGAGAAGAGGGUCUUGGCCCAGAGAGACAAGCCGCCAUUCCUCACACAGCUCCACUCCUGCUUCCAGACUGUGGAUCGGCUGUACUUUGUGAUGGAGUACAUCAACGGGGGAGACCUUAUGUAUCAUAUCCAACGUAUGGGCAAAUUCAAGGAGCCACAGGCAGUGUUUUAUGCUGCAGAGAUUGCUGUCGGUUUGUUUUUCUUGCACCGAAAGGGAAUCAUCUACAGGGAUCUGAAGCUGGACAAUGUGAUGCUGGACUCCGAGGGCCACAUCAAGAUCGCUGACUUUGGCAUGUGUAAGGAGAGCAUGUAUGAAGGCAUGACAACGCGCACCUUUUGUGGCACCCCAGACUAUAUCGCACCAGAGAUUAUAGCAUACCAGCCUUAUGGAAAAUCAGUGGACUGGUGGGCUUAUGGAGUUCUUCUGUAUGAGAUGCUGGCAGGACAGCCACCGUUUGAUGGAGAGGAUGAAGACGAGCUCUUCCAGUCUAUCAUGGAGCACAACGUGUCCUACCCCAAGUCCAUGUCUAAAGAAGCUGUGUCCAUCUGCAAAGGACUGAUGACCAAGCACCCAUCUAAGCGUCUCGGCUGUGGCCCAGAGGGGGAGAGGGACAUCAGGGAGCAGGCCUUCUUCAGACGCAUCGACUGGGAACGCCUGGCAAACAGAGAGAUCCAGCCACCAUUUAAACCCAAAGUGUGUGGCAAAGGAGCAGAAAACUUUGACAAGUUUUUCACACGAGCGCAGCCUGUGCUGACCCCUCCUGACCAGCUGGUCAUCGCCAACAUCGACCAGAGCGAGUUUGCGGGCUUCUCCUACAUAAACCCUCAGUUCAUCCAUCCGUCCCUGCACAGCGUGGUAUGAGGCGUGAGCAGCAAACACAAACGCACGGACAGUUGCUCACUACAGGAUCCUUCCACACUCCAACAAACGUCCCGCUGUCAAAAGACUCAUAUCACCCUCUCCAGUAUUCUGUCUAUUAGUUAUCAAUAUCUGUGUACAGAAAUGACUGAGAGUGGAGCAAAGUGUUACAACGAUGUUUGUGGGCGAGAAAAAGUACAUGGCACUGAUGUUUUUUUGAAUAAUUUUCCCCAGAAUUCUGAUAAUGUGUUCUUCAUUCUGAAUCUGUACCUGCGUUUCUCCGAACCUGCAGCCUUUUUUUCUUGUGUAGGAAUGUGUCUAUCAGUUACAUCUCAUUAGGUAUUAUCUCAUGUUCUCCCCCGUCUUACUACGCAACAAGCUGCAAUGCACGACAAGAACGGAACGUAUUUUUCUGCUCUGUCCCAGCUUUAUCUACUUCUGAACCGCUACACGUGUAUUUUAUAUUUAUAUAUUAAAAUAAAAUAAAAUAAAAAAGAGGUAGUAUACUGUUACAUGAGUGCCAAAGUAGAAGUGGAAAAAACAUUUCUAUUUCAAUUCUUAGUCCUUGUGAUGUUUUUCCCCUCGGGCUUUCCCAACACUGUCAGCACACUUAAACCCCUGAACAGGGACCGUUUAUAUCUGUUGUUGUGUAGGACGUGGAACUACAGUAUAUCUAACUCAACAUAGAGAAACAGAAGUACCUUGUGCUAACAGUUACAAGCUGGGUACAGCUUACAGUGGGUAAAUAUGGGAUGAGUUCAGUAUAUAGGGUCAGAAAAUUGUGGAUCAAAGAAACAGUGUUUUCAAGUAUAAAGAUGCUAUUUCCAUAUGCACAAAGCAGAUCUCUGUUGCAUGCUUAUUUUCUGACUCUGUAUGAGCAGUAGACUAUAGGAUGCAGUACACGUCUGGUAUCAUUGUAAAGUUUAGUAUUAUGAUAUAAACUGUGUUAAUAUAUAAUUGUUGUAUGUUUUGAAGAGUGUAAUUCUGAAGAAAAGUUUCUAAUAGUUAAGGGUUAAAAAAAGAUUUUGUUCCUGUUUUGUGUUCUGCUUUACUCAACAAGAGAUGUCUAACCCCUCUAUUGUAUGUUUUUUUGUAAAUAUGUUUCAAAAAGAGAUGUUACUGGCAGAUUUUAUACUAUGAACUGAAUGUGCUUUUACUACCGUAGACAGUUUGAACAUUUAUAUGUUUAGAUUACCCCUAAGAAGAGUGUGUGUGUGUGUAUGUAUAUAUAUAUAUAUAUAUAUAUAUAUAUAUAUAUAUAUAUAUAUCUAACACUUGGCUGAAUCUUUGGUAGCUUUGGUAUCAGCAAACCUUGUUAUAUGUAUUUCCACUAUUUAUCCAUUCUUUUCUACUACUCAGUGUCAUGAAUAUGAGAAUAUGCAGCACCUACUGUGCGUGAAAUGGUGGAACCCCCUCUUGCCUUGGUCGUCUCAGGACAGACUCCUUCUGUAACCAACUGAAUCCAAUACCGAGUAAUGGUACGAGGGUUUCAGAGCCCUCUGUGGCUGAAACGUGUCUUUUCCUUCUUGCUUAUAUUGUGUGCAUGCUUGAGACGAGGCCUGAUCCAAGCAUGAGAAAGACUCCCUGCAUGAUACAGAGAACCCCCUCUGGUGUGGAGCAUGGAGUUUCCCCACCUAGCUGCGCAGAACGAGAAAAACCCGUUCGAAGAGCAUUGUGAGCUUUUCUGCUCAUCGUCCUCUCUCACUUGCUGUCAUGUAGCCCAACCUGUUUGGCUAAAAAAGCUGAAUUAUAAACAGACAAAUAUGUGUAAAAUGCUUCUGUUGGCUUUUUUUUUGUCCACUGGUGCCAAACUGAGUCUUUUUUUUUCCAGUCCAGCACUGUUUUUUUUUUUUGGAGGUAGGGGCACACAAAGCUACAAAACUGAGGUUUCGUAAAACUGCCAAAUUUAGGAAGGCUACAGCUCUUAACCCCUGAAUUAGUUACUUCACAUAUAGACUGGUGUUGCAGCUGUCACAUCCGGACCAAAAUGAGUUUUUUAAGCUUAAGAUAAAACUGAAUGUUUACAUGUCUCACAUUGAGAAACUUUUAUCAUAGGAGAGGAAUUGAAAAAAAACAACCAUUGGACCCAUGACAGAGAUAAUCAAAUGUCAGGCCAGCCAAGGUACAGUACCACUACGGGCUACAACUAGGGCCACAGGGAUGUUUGUAUGUGUUUCCUUUCUCUGCCCCUGCUUUUGGUAACCUGAUUCUUCUUGUUCCUCUGUUCAUUGUGGUAUGAUGGAUUAAAUAAAGUAUGAAAAAUAUGAA